CGAACGCGGAUCACAUUCAAACUCACUCCGUUGCAAACUGUGCAUGCACCCUGUCGUGUUGUCGUUUCAAUUGUCCUGUUGCGUCUUGAAACAUUCUCCCACCCCUAAAUAAACUACUCUAAAUACUCGAUAGCAACAAAACCAGUGUGGAUUUGUGAUUAAACUUUCUGUUGUUUUCUCACCUCAAACUAUCAAAAUUUCUUCUACAGACCAAAAUGAACCCGAAAGUAUCCCUGGUCCCUCUAAAGAACCAUCUCCGCUUUAUGACAACAAUCACUACCACGAAGAAUGUCUACGAUGUAAUUCGUGCGGUCUUAACCUGACGGGCCCAAAUCAGAAACGGGCACGGCGUUUCAAGAAUCAGAUACUCUGCGAUCUCCAUUUUGCCGACGUGGCCCUUAUGGAGUGCAGCGAUUUUAUGCAGCAACUACGCAGUUUUAAGCCUCAGAGUUUGGGAUGCGCAGUAGCGAGGAGGAAAAGCAGCACUACGCUCAUAUUCCCGUUACCACCGCAGGCGUGCUCUGAUGAAUUUUGCGAAGAAUUCCCGCACAAUUUUAUCCCGACGCCUGGAUAUUGGAUCGAAUGUUCCAGGCAAAAAAUUACUUCGGAUACGAUAUGGGACGAAAGCGAAUCGGACCACGAAAACGAAAUUCAGGAAGCGAACGAAGACGGAACUCCUGACGGCACCGACCAAGAAAAUGGACAUCACGGUAUCAAAAGAAGAGAUCGCAGUUGCAAUGACUUAUACGAAGACGACGAAGAAGAUGACAGUUCAUCGCCCAGAAAAAAGACUACAAUUGAAGAACAGUGGGAGAAGAAUCAGGGUUUUGAACUCACGAGUGUGGAACAGGAAACUUAUGAGAAAUAUUUUUAUGGAACCGAACACUGGAACUACUUUACAAACGACGAAGACUUAGGGCCGGUGAUAUUGUCGAUAAAACAGGAAACUUUAAACGGGCGAGAUCAAUUUCGGAUAUUGGUAAGGGCAAUCAGCUACACAGUUCACGGUCUCAUUCCGGCCAGCUGCGUUUUCGCAGACAGGUAUAAUCGAGAGGAAGUGGUUAGGUCUUUGGGGAAAGAGGUAAACAUAAAUCCUCCAUUAAUACUGGGACAACUACCGGAUACGCCAGAGGAACUGCUUAAAUUAGACCAGGUCUUCAUUAAAUCAGAAUUGAAGGUCGGUGUGAUCUAUGUAAAAGAAGGACAGUACACUGAAGAGGAAAUUCUAGAUAACAACGACAAUUCGCCGUUAUUUGAGGAAUUUUUGCAAAUUAUGGGGGAGAAAGUACGGCUUAAAGGGUUUGAUAGAUAUAAAGGUGGAUUAGAUACCGUACACGAUUUAACAGGGUUGUAUUCGGUGUAUACCAACUGGCGAAAUAUAGAAAUAAUGUUCCACGUUAGUACACUUUUGCCUUACGAGAAGCAUGACCCUCAGAAGCUGCAAAGGAAAAGGCACAUAGGUAACGAUAUUGUCUGCGUUGUGUUCCUCGAAGCGGACAAUACGUCUUUUUCACCGGCUUGUAUUAAGAGCCAUUUUUUACAUACUUUUAUUUUAGUUCGGACGUCGGCUAGAAUAAAACGAAAACCGACUAGAUAUGAAGUAUCAGUUGUUACGAGAGACGAAGUCGGUGCUUACAAACCUUAUCUUUGGGAACAAAGUCUCUUCGACAAAGGUCCCAUGUUCAGGGAAUGGCUGUUGACGAAAAUAGUCAAUGGGGAGAGGGCGAGUUACUCCGCUCCGAAAUUUGCAAGAAUGCAAGAGAGGACGAGAUCUCAAAUGCUGGAAGACAUCGUCGCCAAUUUACAAAACCAUGCGGAGACUGGACAGAUUCCGAAACCUUACAGGAGAGGUUCUUGGAGGCCGAUAGGUCAUAUGCGUCCAUCCUCUCCAUUGUUGGAUAGCGUCAGGGACCAGUUCGAAGACUACGAUCAAAUAGCCAAAGAUUUUACAAAAUUCUUCUUAAACACCGACGAGAAUUCCGCCACUAACGCUCAAUUAUUCGACGUUACAUUUUUAGUGGGGCAAAGUAAACAAAAAGUUAAAUUAGUUGGGGUUCGAGCGAUAUUGGGAGUGAGAAGCAGAGUCUUUCAGGAAAUGCUUUAUGGGAUACAAACGGGUUUUGGUUCACCACAAGUGCCAGUAGCGGAGCUUCUAGCUAGGCCGGUACCAACAUUACUUAGUCCGCAACAGUCCAGACCAAAAUCGAGCAAUUUUCUACAAGUUCCCGAUAUCGAAAGUCCUCGUCCGAAAAGCGUGCCCAGUUCUCCCAUGGUGAAACGGGCAUUCACGAGAUUAGGCACAAUCACUGCCGGUUGGGGCAGAUCGAUACGUAAGCACAACGCACAACAGUUGUCGGCCGACGACAAAAAGAAAUGGGCAAGCAGUCAAGACUGUUCCAACAAAGACGGGAAGGACAAAGAGGGAAAAGAGAAAUGCCCCACACAGCUUCCGGUUCCAAGGCUAAGUGUGUGCGCGGAUGCUCAGAAAGUGGACAGAGCAAAAUUAGCUCAGACAGAAUUCUCCAUUAUCGAGUUUGAUUCAGACACCUUUAGAAUAUUGUUGGACUACUUGCACACAGGAUCCUGUCCACUAACUUGUUCAACGAUACCCGGCUUGAUUUGUGCAGCUGAACACUAUGACCUACCUGAUUUACUGCAAGCGUGUUUUCAUCACGCCAAACAAUUUUUAAGAAUCGACGUGGUAUGCUGCAUGCUGUGCUCGUUGGAGAAUUACUACUGGAGGUACACUUCGGCGUCUGAACUUGUGAACAUGAUAUUGGCUUUCGUAGAGACGAGGUCGUAUGCCUUAUUCCAAAAUUCCGAAUUUUUGAAUUUGAGCGAGUCUAUGGUCCAAAUGAUCAUGUGCAGGAAUCUAGAAAUUCCCGAAAUUAGAAAAUUCGAAGCUAUGCUCGCGUGGGCGCGGCAUAAAAUUCGCACUAAAACGUCGAGUAAGCUCGACGCUAAACUAGAAUUUAAAUGCAUUAUGGAAAGGCUGGCAAGGGAUUUAAAGUUAUAUAGAAUAUCUCCGAAUGAACUCAUAAAGGUUGUACUUCCUUCAAAAGCCAUCAAAAACGAAAGAAUACUGGAAACGCUAAUGUUCCAAGCGAAUUCUGGAAUGUACAGGAUACAAGACUCUUACAUUAAAGAAUGUACUCAAAGACUGCAAAAACAAGACUCCCGGUUUUCAGAGUGGGAAUCGUUCGACUAUAGUAAUUGAGACAAGUAGAUUACCGCCAUUAUUAACUAAUUUUUUAGGGUAGAUGACAAUCAUUUCGGUGAGCAUUUUCCCAGUAAGUGGCAUCCGUGUAGGAUUUCAUUAAUUAGGUAUUCCAAAAAUCAGAGGACCACUAUUUCGCUUUCAUUUCCCUUUUCAAAUUUUUGAGCAAAGGUGCCUUCUUAAGCAAUAUUAUUGUUAUUAUGCGGUCUCAUUGAUUUGGAUUAGCAAAAUUAUUAGCGCAGAUUUGAAAUUAUGUUCUUUAACGCUACGAGAUUUUUAAUUUUUUGCUGUUAGCGAUUUGCUGAGGAAAUGCUCAAUAAAAUUCAAACUUAAUUAUGUAAAAAAGUUGCGAACAGAAUAUGACCGUUAAGAUCUGGGAUCAAAACCAUAAAACAAGUAUUUGUUAUUCGUCAAUGUGUAAAAAAGUACGCAGGACAAUCCUUAAGUCGUAAUAAGUUGUAAAAAGUGUUUGCCUUCUAUGUCCACGUGAUCUCAAAUUUACAUUUUGUGUGUCUCUGUUUGAUCCAGGAAACCUUCGAAAUAUAUCUAUAUGGACGUUUUUUAUUUACAACUUGCGAUAAAUACUACUGAAACCAUUGAUUUUAGAGCGCCCUGCUAAUAUUUUUAGAUUUUUUAGAAACUUGUUUAUAAAGAAGAUUUUUCUAAAUUAUCUGAUGCUAGUUGUUACGGAUAGAAACAUAGCAAACCAUUUUGCGUGAUACAGCAUUUACGAUCCCACGUCCAGCAGCAGUUACCAAGAGAUAAACGGCUUAUCUUUAAUUAUAAUUCCAUGAAAUUUUCCUGGAAUUCCUUGUAAUCCUUCAAAGGAAUUCCGCCGUAAUUAAUUAAAAUUCCUAUACUAUUACUAUUUUGCGACACUUUUGCAUGACACCUCGGUGCCCUAAAAACGCACUUUUUCAAUUUUACCCGGAACCUCAGAAAAAUGAAAAAGAGUUCAUGAAAAUUUUUUGCUGGCACUCUUACGGAAACCGCAAGUCUCUCAAAAAUGUCGAAAAAUAGACACAAUAAUUCUGCUGCAGUUUGCAAAUCCAGAAUAAUUUCUCGAUUUGUAAUAUAAAAGUUUAGAGAUUUUUUGUGCAAAACCUGAUCAAGCUCCUCCCGCACCUACGGCCGUCAUCCAAAAUUUUCGUUUUUGAACUGGAAUUUCAACGAUAACUAACCGACUCAAAUUGGUCCACUUGACUAGACUCGUUUAGGAUUUCUGUCAAUUAUUCUGUCACUUUGUAUAUCGAGGUUACGCAAGAAUCGUAAACCUAAUAGGAUUGCCUAAUCCGCCAAAUGUGUUCGCAAGUGCAAUGCGAAAACUCUCGCUGGCUGUGACGUAGAUGAAAUCCUGUAUUGGCGGGUUUACUAUGUUAAUGUAUAGAAAUAAUCUGAAACUGACCCCGAGUUUUGAUGGACUUUGAGUAUUUUGAGUAGCUAAUAUAGCAUUUUGUUUGGAUAAUCACUCGUUAUUUUCAUUUAAUGUCAACAUUAAUCCGUUUUAGUACUUAUUUAAUAAUUAUUGGGAAGUAGCGUAGGGCAGGGUCUCAGGUAGGGUAAAAAUUAAUUAAAUAUUGUUACAGAUAAAUGCAUAAAAUUAGCAAACAAAACGAUUUACUUGUAAAAAUUUGUGUUUUACGGCAUUCUACCAUUUUAAAUAUACAAAAAUCAACAAAUACUUAUAAAGUACAAAUCCCUAUUUUUCGAUAUAUUAAAGAACAUACUCAUACUUACCUCCCAACUAAUAACACCGCUAAUAAGCAGCACGAACACAAAACUUUUAAGUCUUUGUUUAAGGUUAAAAUACUGUUUUUCUCACUUCUCGCCAAUCAAGCACAUACAAUUUUAAAAUAUUUGUUAAAGCUUAAAAACACUGUUUUGUCCAAGUUUUUUUUACAGAAAUACAAUUAACACAAACAUAAGCGCACUACUCACUAGUUUAAAUUAUUUUAAUUGUUCAAACACAAAAUAAAACGGUUUAAUACGCCUUCAAAUGCAUUGACAGAAUACACAAAAACCGUUAGAGGACUUCGCUUACCUCACAAGCGACCACGUGCGAUCGAUAAUUUUGGCGAACGUAUGUCUUAUGGGAUUGGGCAAUCCUAUUAGGUUUACGAUUCUUGGAGGUUACGUAUUUAUUUAUUUUAUUUAUGUAUUUAACAGAAUUCCAAUGCGCACUUGAGUCAUCAAAUUGGCAUAUUGUCAAACUUCGAGAUGUAUGUCGUGUUAAAAAUUAAUAUCAAAAGUGGCGGUAGCGGUCAUUAAGGAGUUUCCAGCUUUUCAUGGGCGUUAAUAAUUCUUAAAAAUAAAAAAACAUCACGGUAUUUUACUUCAUUAAGUUUUAAUAAAUUAAUAAACAAAUUAAUUUAGCUUGAUUGCUUUAACCGUUAAUAACAACUAAUUUACAAUAUUAUGUCACCAAUUAAAUUUGGCAGCAAAGGGCUAAAAAAAAUAAAUAAUCAAGAUUGUUCACAGCGCAAUUAAAAUUUAUUUAAUUUCGGAGAUAAUAGUUUCGGUAAUAUUUAUAACUUGUUUCAUUUUUCCCUCGAAUCACAGUAUUUGUUCCCUGUGCUAAAAUGUAUAUGAAAUCAAAAAAUUUAGCAGGUUAAAGCGGACCUUAUUUUCGGGUUGUUUAAAAUAGAUUGAACGUUUAAUCCCAAAAAUGUUCGUACGUAGAUUUCUUCGGAAACACGAAGAAUACUGUAAUAUAUUAAAUAGAUAUUGAUGUGUUCGAUGUUACCUUAUAAAGAACAAAAAAAGGACGGAAACACUACACAGUGUUCCAAAGACUUGAUAUAUUUUAAUUACCUUAGAUAGCGAAAAAAUGUUAACAUAUUUUGAUACUAAAUUUCUUAAAUGAUCUAAGAUUAAAUGCGGAUACUUUGUUUAUUAAACAUCUCAAAUGCUUUUCCGUGGCCGAAUAAUUGAAAGUCGUUUCUCAUCGUCGCAAAAAAAAUAUUUCAACCACCACUACUAAUUUUUUAAAUGUCCAGACCAAGAACAUCUUUUUCAAGCAGUUGCGUUUGAAUUCGAAUUUCGAAUCAACCUGUUCUCGGUCAAAAAAAUUAUUCUCAGCACAGGUUCAUGUUCCCAUGGAAAACAACAUUUAAUAGACGUCACCGAUCAAGUUAAAUAAUUUUCCGCAAAAACCCAUAAAUUGUUAAAGAUGGUAGAAUAUAGUAAUUUUUCUACAAAGAAAAUUAUAAAUUAUUUGUAAAUAACUAUUAAACAAAAUAACUCCUUCUAGAUAGUUAUAAGUAUAAUCCAAAAUUUGAAGAGUCAAUGAUUUUAUAAACAAAGUAACUUGUCGACGUGUGUUUCUCAUCUUUAAGUGUAAGUUUUUAAGUUUUCUAAGAAACUGGUUUAUGAUAAGUGUCUUAUUAUAGAUAUAAUAGAUCUACAUAAUAUUAUGUGCGGGAUACGUGUAAAAAGCACGCGAAUUAUUGCGAACUUUUUGUGUCGCCUCCAAGUAUUACUAAAAAAUUUGUAACAAAUGUUGUCUGUUUAAAUAAAAUGGAAGGUGUUUAUUAAGAACUAUGCUUUUCGUCUGAAAAAAUAUAUCGAUUGUUAAAUUCUUGUUCAUAUUACAAAAUAUUCAACUCUGUUAUAGUACAAAUCUGGACAUGUUUUUCCUAACUUAAACAAACAAUAUGGAAUCACUAAUGGGCAAAAAAUGUUACCAAAACUAAAGAAAAGUUCGACACAGAUUUGGUCUAUUCAUUUUAUAGUGGGGACAAAUAGAAAAUGUAUAUUUAUCAAUUUUAUAUCUGCAUACACGAAAGUUUCAUGAUUAUAUUAUGGAUCACAAAAAAGUUUUUGGUAAAAAAUGUCCUUCUUUUGUAGAUGCCAAAUUUUCACAGUUUAAAUUGAAAAGUUUUAUUUCAAAUUAUUAUAGAGUUGUAGUUUGCAUCGCUUUUAUAAAAAUUUGAGCAGUAUGAGUAAUCAACGAAAGUUUCCACAAAGUUGUCUCCCUAUAAUAAUAAAAUGGACGAAAUUGCCGAAGAAUACCCUGUAUAUUAUUAACGACUCACCCCGUAGGUAGGUGUACGGGAAAAUAGUUAAUUGAAACUAUGAACACAAAAUUAAACAACAUAUAAUUUUUUAAUAGUUAUGAAUUUUCAAGUUUAAAUAAUAAAAAUUUCGCUUUUAUGCAGUCCAUGUCCGUAACUAUGUUUGAUGUUAGCAACACAAGAAAUUAGACAAGUUGCACAGGACAAACUAAGUAUAAAUAUACUAAAGAAAAGAUGUCAUACGGAUAGUCGAUAGUCGAUAGAAAUUUUCACUGAGAAUUGAAAAGAAAAAUGAAGAAAAACUGUCUAUAAUCGAAAAAAAAAUAAGUCGCUUAAUAUAACACUUUGAUGAAUAUUUUGUUAAAAUGUACUAAAUUUUAUGACUUAUUAUUGAUUGAGUGAAACAGAUAAAAACUAUUCUCUGUUAGAUAUUGUAAUUUAUUCUAACACCAAAAAAUUCAAUGUGAAAAAUGAAAAAUGUUGUUUCUGUAUGUGUACUACAUUAAUAUAAAUGGUAUUAUAUUCUAAAGCGAUAUUCUUUACAAGUAUAUUUUUCCGCUAUUUCCUGGUAGUCCGUUUUGAUCUCGCGAAGUGAUACAACAGUUUUUACAAAAUUUUUAUCAGUUCAAACUUCAACUCGCAAUUGUUAUUAUUAUAUUACAUAAUGAAAAAUUAUACAUUUUCUAGAGUAAUACUUCAAAAUCGCCACUUUCUGUUGUAUGCCAAAAGUGCUAAAACAAUCAAACAAACGAUCUUAACAAACUUAAUAUGCCAUAUGUGAAAAUUAAAUUAGUUUUCCCGCUUAUCUGUAACUAUAACCGAAUUUCAAAAAGGGCUUCCAAAGGAAAUGCAGAUUUUUUUUUGUAAUAAAGUUUAAAGUGGAAUAUUUAUGUUUGGUUUUAUUUUGCAAAUAUUUAUUAGAUA